GAGAGGCGGUGGAGCAAUGUCCCGGGGGUUCCCGGCCUGGCUCCGGCUCCACUUUAAAACAGCAGAGUCAAGACAAGGCCCACAGCUGCCCCAGGCCCCCCCAACUCUCUUGUUUGUCUUCAAGUCCGGCCGGAACCGGCUUCUGCUUGCCGGGGGGCGGGCGGGUGGAUGAUGAUUGGUCAACGCCUGUUUCCAGCCCCCACUCAGCCAAUCAGCACGCAGCAGUGUUUUCAUCUUAGGGUCGGAAUAAAAGGGCUGGAAUAAAAGAGGGCAGAAAAAACGCCGGGCGGGCCCGACACACAUCAGUAGGAGCUGGGUGGCUGCAGAGCCGGGCUGCCGCGCCGCGCUGCACCAUGGCACCCACCCUGGCCACUGCCCAUCGGCGCCGCUGGUGGAUGGCCUGCACCGCGGUGUUGGAAAACCUCCUCUUCUCGGCAGUCCUCCUGGGCUGGGGCUCUCUGCUCAUCAUGCUGAAGUCGGAGGGCUUCUACUCCUACCUAUGUACUGAACCAGAAAAUGUCACCAAUGGCACAGUGGGGAGUACCGCAGCACCAGAACACGAGGAGGUGAGCUGGAUGAAUGGCUGGCUCAGCUGCAAGGCUCAGGACGAGAUUCUAAAUUUGGCCUUCACCGUGGGCUCCUUCCUGCUCAGUGCCAUCACCCUGCCCCUGGGCAUCAUCAUGGACAAGUAUGGUCCAAGGAAGCUCAGGCUGCUGGGCAGUGCCUGCUUUGCUGUCUCCUGCUUACUGAUUGCAUAUGGAGCCAGUAACCCAAACUCUCUCUCAGUCCUCAUCUUUAUCGCCCUGGCUUUGAAUGGCUUUGGUGGGAUGUGCAUGACCUUCACCUCAUUAACGCUGCCCAACAUGUUCGGCGACCUUCGGUCCACAUUUAUUGCCUUGAUGAUUGGAUCCUACGCCUCCUCAGCAGUUACCUUCCCAGGAAUCAAGCUCAUCUACGACUCGGGUGCCUCUUUCAUCGUCAUCCUUGUGGUUUGGGCAGGCUGCUCUGGGCUGGUUUUCCUCAACUGCUUCUUUAACUGGCCGCUGGAGCCCUUCCCGGGGCCGGAGGACAUGGACUACUCGGUGAAGAUCAAGUUCAGCUGGCUGGGCUUUGACCACAAGAUCACAGGGAAACAGUUCUAUAAGCAGGUGACCACCGUGGGACGCCGCCUGAGCGUGGGCAGCUCCAUGCGGAGUGCCAAGGAGCAGGCGGCACUGCAGGAGGGCCACAAGCUGUGCCUGUCCACUGUCGACCUGGAGGUGAAGUGCCAGCCAGAUGCUGCAGCGGCCCCCUCGUUCAUGCACAGCGUGUUCAGCCCCAUCCUGCUGCUCAGUCUGGUUACCAUGUGCGUCACGCAGCUGCGCCUCAUCUUCUACAUGGGGGCCAUGAACAGCAUCCUUGAGUUCCUGGUCAGUGGCGACCAGAAGACAGUUGCCCUCUAUACCUCCAUCUUCGGCGCACUCCAGCUGCUCUGCCUGCUGACUGCACCUGUUAUCGGCUACAUCAUGGACUGGAGGCUGAAGGAGUGCGAAGACACCUCUGAGGAGCCCGAGGAGAAGGACACUGCCCAAGGUGAGAAGAAGAAGAAGCGAGACCGUCAGAUCCAGAAGGUCACCAAUGCCAUGCGGGCCUUCGCCUUUACAAACCUGCUGCUUGUGGGCUUUGGGGUGACUUGCCUCAUUCCCAAUCUCCCUCUACAGAUCUUCUCCUUCAUCCUGCACACGAUCGUACGAGGAUUUAUCCACUCUGCUGUUGGGGGCCUGUACGCUGCUGUGUACCCCUCCACGCAGUUCGGCAGCCUCACGGGACUGCAGUCUCUGAUCAGUGCGCUCUUUGCUCUCCUGCAGCAGCCACUAUUUUUGGCCAUGAUGGGUCCCCUCCAAGGAGACCCUCUGUGGGUGAAUGUGGGGCUGCUCAUCAUGAGCAUGCUGGGCUUCUGCCUGCCCCUCUACCUGAUCUGCUACCGGCGCCAGCUGGAAAGGCAGCUGCAGCAGAAGAGGGAAGAGGACAAGCUUUUCCUCAAGAUCAAUGGCUCAUCCAACCGGGAGGCUUUCGUGUAGCACUGACCACCUCAGGACUGUGGCCUCCUGCCCAUGCUUCAGUGACUGAUCAGUGUCCUCCUCCUCACCCCAGAGGACCCCAUGCACCCCCAGGAUCCUCUCCUUCACCAUGUUGGAGUCCAUGCUCCCUCUCAGGGCUUUGGUCCUGCCUCGGAGCUCCGCGGUGAAAGGAUGGGAGAGGGCCCAGGAUGGGCAAUUUUCCUACUGUUGGAAGCAGGGCCGCCUUGGCUUUGCUCUGCCACCCCAAGGGACCCCAGGGCCUUGGGUCUCCAUGGUGCCUGCAGGAGGAGCCCAAAGCACUCCCAGCAGGCAGGCUCUCUCCCUUAAGGGUCUGGAUUCUGCCUUUUGCCAAAGCAGAGGGGCCUGCCAUCCACUGCCCACCACCUGCCUCUCGGCUGCAUGCCCACCGACCACACCUGCCUGAGGACAAAGGCUUGCACUGUCUGCAACCCCCUCGCCUGGCCCCUCAGCCUCCUCCCAUGGUCAGUCUGUGGCUGCCUGAGGAAGGAAGGACCCGCUUCCUGUUGUUGGUGCUAACCCCUUUGUAAUCCCAGCCCCCUGUGGCCUGUCCAUGGCUUGUCCUCUCAUUUGAGGCCUGUGGAGAAGCCCCCUGGCUCACAGCCUAGUGUGGGGAUGGAGGGCAGGAUGGCCAUACUAAGCCUCAGGAGCCCUGGACAAGGCUGCUUGGUUGCUCCUCACCUCCUCCCUCAGGGCUGGGGGCAGGUGGGGAGAAUGUUUCCACUGCCACCCUCGGUCCAGUCUGUGACCUGAAGGGAAUUAAAGGGCACCACCAGGGUACCUCCCUGACACACACACACAGAGUUGUUCCUGUGGGGUGGAAAUAAGGCUGUGCUGACAGACAUGGAGGCCCAGACCUGUACAGGGAAGGAGACUGAUCCAUGAGGGACCGAGGGGGGGUGUGUUUGUGUGGAAUGUGUGUACAUGUGGUGUGUGAGAUGAGGAUGAGCCCUAGGGUCUGUCCUUAUGCCCACCAACCAGGCCAGAAGCCCACUGGGCCUGCGGCAGCCCCAGGGUUGGGGAGUCAGUCUGGCUCAGGACGUGGAGCUUGUCCGGAGCCACAGCGCCCCCUGCUGGCAGAUUCUGCCAGGGCCCUGGAGCUGUUUACAAGGGAGAAGCCAAGCCUGCCUGGCUGGUUACCCCACCCAACUUGACUGCCCCCAGAAAUGUGUCUGAGACCUGCUGGGUGCUGAGAGGAGUGGGCUGAUUUUUAGGUCUUUAGUUUUUCUUCUCGUAAGUUUUAUCAUACUUCUUUUUAUAAAGCAAUAAAUCCAUUUUUCCUCCCAGUAAGGGCCGCCCCGCCUACCAUAUCAGUUGAUGGCAGUGUGUGUUUGUUUUGAGCCUGAGAAGAAAAGGCAGGACAAGAUGUUCUGCCACUGACCAGCCCCAGCUGUACUCUGCUGCUCAUCAUUUCUUGGGUGACCUGACUGGGGAGGGGCAGUGAGCCAGGAAAAGACCUUACGUCUGCCUCCACCCCAGACAAAUUGGGCUGUGCGGAAGUGUGGGCCACCCCCUCUGCUGCCUGUCCCAGCCAGACAAGCUAAUCCAAACCCCGUCUCAGCACCUACACAGAUUUCCUGUCACUGCUCCACAACCCCAAGGAUUCCUCCUGAGUGUAGGAUAUAGGGUGACCCAAGAGAACUGCAGGCUCAGAGAACAGUGUCAGGAUAUGGUGGACAAACAGAAGAGGAGGGGACAGACUCAGGCCUAAUUUGAGCUCCAUAGUAACAGCUGGCCACUGAAUCUCUUAGGCUCAAGAUUGCUUAAAUAUUAAAAAUCAACCCAUCUGGGCCACCUGUAAUCUCUGAGGCAAGAAAGAUGACAUAUUUGAGGUCAGCCUUGGCAACUUAGUAAGACCUUCAGCAAUUUAGUGAGAUUCUGUCUUAAAAAGGGUUGGGGAUGUAGCUCAGUGGUAAAGUACCUUGUGUUCAAUAAUCAGUACCCCCCCCMAAAAAAAAAUCAGAACCCAACAAAUAAUGGGCUUGGGGUUUAGCUCAGUGUAGAGCACAUAUUUAGCAUGUGUAAGGCCUUAGGUUCCAAACCCAUCAUCUCCCUGUCCUCCCCACCCCCACUAAAAAAAAAAAAACUGACAUUUUCCAAACCACUACCCAGGUGCUGGUCUAUGAUGUGUUAAUGGUUAUUCUAAUUUAAAAGAUGUAUAGUCUAAUUUUGGAAAUGCUCAUGGUACUCUUUGAGGGUCUCUAAGAAGGGGUAUGUGUACUGUUGCGGCCUGGCUCUAACCACCAGAGCCAUCCCCAACAUGUGGCCCAUGGCUAUCUGCAGCAGAGGCUCCUGGCUGUUGGUUAAAAUUGUAGAUUCCAGUAGUGGCCUCUGGUGAUUCUGGUGCCUCCCAAAGUCCGAGAUACACUGGUGAAGAGGAGGGCAGUUUGGGGAAAUGCUGACUAGCAAGGUCCCUUCCAGCUGGAAGAUCUCUAUGAUGUUGGGCAGAUGGCCUGUGCUGUGCCCAGCAGCACCUAGGCCCAGUGCCCACACCUUUAGGGAGAGGCACUUUGAGGGAAGAUGUCAGCAUUGAGAGACUAGAAGUGAAGGUUGAAAAUAGCCUGGAGCCAGCAGUGGGUGAGGAUUAGAGGCGUGAAAAUGGAAGCCAGCUACAGAGGUGGUGAUGAGCCAGAUGGGUUGGUACCCCYAGUCAGGAUUCGGGCCUGUCAUGCUGCCUUUAUACAGUUACAUAUCUUCCUGUUACUAUCAUUGAAUCCUGUAGAGUUAAACAGAUAAACUAUCAUCCCCAUUUUACAGUUGGAAAACUGAGACCCAGAGAGGUGGAAUAACUUGCCUAGGGUUAAGGGCAGGGCUUACGUGUGGAUCUUAAGACAUUGGAGGAACCAAGCCCUCAAGACCAGAACAUUCCAUUAUGAGCAGCCGUCUUAGGGCUUCUGGAGCAGGGAGACGAGCAGCCCCAGGAAGGGGAGGAAGCUUAGGUAGAAUUUUUAUUUCUUGGAGCCAAGAGUUUCAUCAGGAAGGAGGGGGUCCUUGGGCUCUGGAGGCUGAUGGGUACUUGAGGGUGCAAUUCCCUAGCUGCCCCAAUCUCAAGAGGAGUGCCCUGAGAUGGAGACUGAUCGCAGGCAGGGGGCACCAAGUGGCCACCAGCCUCUCACCUUCCCCUUUGUCCUCCAAGUGGGGAAGAAACAGGAAGUGAUGUCCAGUCUUGUGGUUUCAGAGUGAGGAAGGGGGCCGAGCCAGGUUUAGGGACACUGCCAGGAGCCCCUCCUGUCUCUAGCUCUGGGAUCAAGGCAUUCUUAGUGGUCGGCUUCCUCUAAACUCCCUAGGCCUCUGCCGGCAGCUCCCACUGCUGGGGCCUGCUCAUAGAGAAAAGUUCCAGCCCUCAUAAAGGCCAAAGAGAAGGUUCAGGCCCUCGGGGUCCUUCCUAGUUUUGCUCCACCUCUCUCCCUCCUGUGCCCAGCAUUGUCCCAGUCAAAAGAACUCAGUGCAGACCUUCCUUAACCUGACGCUGCCUGGCCCAGACAGCUGAGGAGGACAUCACCCUGCCCUAAGUUGCAAGGACACUGAAAGUGGGGAGGACAUCUAGUAUUGGGGUCAUAUGGGCAGGACUAUCCCAGACAGUAGCGCACACGUUCAGCUCUGUGGGGUUUUCAAUGCACUUGAUAUCAACCUGUGUGAAUUGGAAUAGAUAUACAAUUGGGGUGGGGGUGAUGAGGGACUGGGGACAAGCUGUGAGUAACCCGUGAUGAGGGGCUCCUGCAGAGAGCUCUGCAAAGUCUUAUCAGAAUCGGGCUUCAGGGGUCAUUUCAGUAGCAGCUCCCCUUCCCUCCCCCUGAGGGGUGAUAGGAGGGUUCUCAUGGGCUCUUGGGCCAAGAAGGUGUCAAUUAUCAGAGACCCAACUUGAGAACAAUGGCCUAUUUUCCCUAAAUAUAGACCAUGGGCUUAUGAGGGUUAAGAACUUAGGGUCCCCCCAAGUCAGGGUGUUAUUUAUCCUCAGGCUGCAGCCCUGUCCUGGGGUUGGUGGGAAGGUCAGUGUGAGCAGGCAGGCUCCAUAGGCGACUCCUCCAUGCCUGACUCACCCUGAGCUUCCCAAGUGUCAGGGAGAUGCACCAUCCUCCGGAGGGCAUCCUGCCAUAGCUCCAGCCUCUUCCUGCCAGCAUGGAGCCACCGUCUGUGCCCCUUGGUCACUAAAGAAGUUAGUCAUUCUCCCCCACCCAAGCAGGGCCUCAGCACUGACUGCUCCCUGACCUUGACCCUUCUCAGAGGUGGCCUCCAUCUCUGUCAAGGAGACAGCUUGGGAAGAGCAACCAGGUGUACAUGCAGGUAAAGCACCUGCAUGGUGGUGUGCCUGGCACUGAGCAGGCUGCCACACUGGCAUUAUUUUUAUGGCCCUGACAAAGAGCAGACAGCACAGCGAGGUCCCUGCCCCCACUUCCAUAUGACAGGACCUUGACUUAAGGCGGCUCUGACCAUGACAUGACCAUGGCCAAGUAAAGCAAGUGAGGUCCAUUCCUGCUGACCCCACUCCUCCCAGAAUCGGCAAAGCCUUAAGCUAUUUUCCCUCGAUCAUGUUUCCUUUAUGUCUUUCACAUUUUGGUAAGAGA